GACGGUCAACUUAUCAAUCGCCACAGAAACACCCAAUCGCAGGAGGGGGUGGCAUUGGACCUGUAUGGCGAGCUGUACCAUACAGUAUGUAGUAUGGGGAUGCAAGAGCGAUGUGCCGGUUUGUUGUCGAGCGGCGGCAGUCGUCUCCAACAACAACAACGCACGAGUCAACCUGUGAACUCUUCACGCAGAUCAAAGUCGAAUCCCCAUUGCUGCAAUCAUGCAUGCCGCCAACUCCAAGCUUCCCUGUCCCCUCCUUUCUUUCUUGACAUCUUUUGUACCCCCCCUCCCCCCUGUCACCAUCUCUCUCCUCUCGACUCAUCUUCUGUCUCUGUCCUUUCAUACUCUCAAUCCUCGCACCUCUUGGACAUCAAAUAGCCAUCCGGUGAAGCACUCGACACAGCUUUCCGAAUCGGGAAAUCAUUCAUACUGUGUAAUACAUAUCAACACCACACAACCAACCACAACAACAACAUCAGUCAUGUCGAGAAUCGCGGCUCCCGUCACAAAACUCACCAGGUCUUUGAGCACAUCUCCUGCUGUUGCCAAGCCCAGCUUUAUCCUCAAUGCCACCAGCAACGUCAGCAGGACUGAGAGUCUUGAUGUAAGUUCCCUCCCCCUUUGUUUCUCUCCUCAUUGCUCCUUUUCCACCUCUGCCCCUCCAUCUACAUGACACUGCCACAUUUCCUUGGACCAUGGUCUCCAAUUGCGGACUUCCCUCACCACACGGCACCUAUCAGAUAAUCGAACCAUUAUCUCCUAUCAUCUUCCCGUCCUUGCAGCAUAAGCACCCA